AUGCUAGCAUGGGAUAGAGUGAUUAUUCAACCAACAAUGCUUUUCCGGCGGGUAGUAAUUGGGAUUAACUGCAAUGUUGAUAUAGUUGUUACUGGAACGAGUCUACUGGAACGCUUAAAUGGUACUUCCACCCAUCGCAAGGACCAUGAAAUCAUCAGCAAUGUUAAUGAUUUGUAUGAAUCUUUUGCUUACUUCUUUUCGCGAGGUGCUGCUGCCGAAAGACAUGUGUCGGAUCCGAAGAUGUUUCAAACACUUGUACAUUUCGCCGGUGAACCUCGUCAUCGACCUCAUCAUUAUAUUGGUGGGAGUGCUGCCUUGAUGGCUCAAAAGAUAGCUACUUCUUUUCCAAGAACUACUGCAUAUUUGGUUGGACCUAUUGGACCUCGAAGCCAAGUCUUACUUCAUCCAUCAAUAGUUCGUACGAAUUCGACUCGCAUCUUAAAAGAUGAGUUGCAUGUCAUUAUAGAAUACAAACGAGGCGAAAUUCUUGACGAAUACGUAGCACCUGCUUCAUCACGUUUCAUGACUUCGCACGAUCAGUAUAGUGGCAGUGCUGUUGUGAUUGAAAUGUUUUUCAAAGCGAUAAAUCAAUUUAAUCCUGAUUUGGUCAUUUUAGCAGGUGUUCAUCUUCUACAAAAUCAAAAUAAGGAAAUGCAAAUGGAGAAACUUCGUUUAAUUAAGCGAAAUCUGUUGCAAGUAAAACACAAUAUUCCUAUUCAUUUCCAAGUUGGAAAUAUGGGUAAUCCUGACCACGUUGCUGAUGUUCUUCAUCGAAUCGUACCUCACGUUAAUUCGUUAAGUUUGAACGAACAGGAGCUAGCAUUUUUCUCUCAUGUUGCCAACGGACCAUAUACAGAUCUCUAUCCUGUUUUUCCUGGUGCAAUACACGUAUAUAAGGUGGUGGAUAUGUUGUAUUGGUUGCUGACGAAAUUUGGACAUAAUAGUAGUGAUCCAGAAUCGAAAAACCAUCAAUACAGGCUGUCCAGGAUACACUUCCAUUCCUUAACCUUUCACCUAAUGGUUUACAAAGGGACAGAUUGGUCGAACUUAGCUUCUGGUUUAGCAGCAGGUGCUAAGGUUGCAGCUCAUCAUUCCUGUAAAAUUACGAAUGAUUUGCAUACGGAUAAUUUGGAAUUGAGAAUAUCGAAGACUCAUUUGCUUGACAAAGAAGUCGGAAAACGAUAUGUCUUCGAACCGCAAAGGCCUAUAGCCUCAUGGAUGCGUGAUGACGUCAUAUUUAUCUAUACUCCUGCGCUAAUAUGCAAAUUUCCAACCAGAACGGUUGGUAUUGAUGAUGCCAUCUCAGCUACUGGACUAAUAUUCUCGCAGUUUUAUCGCUUUUCUUCCUGA